AUGUCAGCAAACUCGGAAAGAAAAGGAAUAAUAAAUAAUGGUGGCGAGAGUGAGAAAAUUAUCGAUAAGGAUGAAAGUUUUAAAAUUUCUGAAGAAGAAAAAAAUGAGAAGGAGGAGAAUCACACUAGUGAAGCAUAUCAUGAUUUAAGUGAAAUUGGUGAAAAUUUUAUUAAAACUAUUAUGCAUGGAUUAGAAACUCUUGGUUCCACAAUUACUCACAAAGAGUCUAACGCUGAUGAUGAUCAAGGAUCUUCAACGCAGAAUGAAAAUUCCCAAAAUUCGCAUCAAUCCAACUCCCCAACGAACAGAGAUUCAUCACAAGAAAUUUUUAAUGAAAAUUCACAAAAUUCGCAUCAACCCAACUUCCCAACGAACAGAGAUUCAUCACAAGAAAUUUUUAAUAAUCAAAUUAUUACAGAAACCGAACAUGUAGGUCAUUAUCGGAUUAUCUUUUGA